CUUGCUAGUAGCAAGCCAAUGGCGCCCAUGAGGAGGAGCUCUUCCAAGGCCAUGGUGUCCUCCCUCGCCGUCGCCCUCGCCGCCGUCCUGUGCCUCACGGCCGGCGGCAACGGUGUGGCGGCGUUCAACUACGCGGACGCGCUGGACAAGGCGCUGCUCUUCUUCGAGGCGCAGCGGUCCGGGAAGCUCCCGCCGCGGCCGUUGCAGCGCGUGACGUGGCGCGGCGACUCCGGCCUGUCCGACGGCUCCGCGGCAGGGGUAGACCUGUCCGGCGGCUACUACGACGCCGGGGACAACGUCAAGUUCGGCCUGCCCAUGGCCUUCACCGUCACCAUGCUCUCCUGGAGCGUCCUCGAGUUCAUGCCCGGCGCCGCCGCCGGCAGGGCCGCCGUGCGCUGGGGCGCCGACUACCUGCUCAAGGCGGCCGCGGCGGCGCCCCACGCGCUGUACGUGCAGGUGGCCGACCCGAACCGUGACCACCAGUGCUGGGAGCGGCCCGAGGACAUGGACACCCCGCGCGACGUCUACAAGGUCACCCCCGACAUGCCUGGCUCCGACGUCGCCGGCGAGACCGCCGCCGCGCUCGCCGCCGCGUCGCUCGUGUUCCGGACCUGUGACCCCGCCUACUCCGCCAAGCUGCUCCAGACUGCUCAGAAGGUGUUCGACUUCGCGGACCGGUACAGGGGCUCCUACAGCGACUCGCUCAGCUCCGUCGCCUGCCCGUUCUACUGCUCCUACUCUGGCUACCAUGACGAGCUGCUGUGGGCGGCGGCGUGGCUGCACAUGGCGACGGCGGCGGCGGCUGCGCCGGCCGGGAACUCGUCGUCGGACGUCUACCUGUCGUACAUCUACUCCAACGGGCACAACCUGGGAGCGGAGCAGGACGACUUCACCUUCAGCUGGGACGACAAGCGCGUGGGCACCAAGGUCCUCCUCUCCAAGGCCUUCCUACAGGGCAAGGGCAACGUGGACGCGCUGCGGGUCUACAAGGCGCACGCCGACACCUAUGUGUGCUCGCUCGUGCCGGGCGCCGGCGGCUCCCAGUCGUCGUCGUCGCAGUUCACGCCGGGGGGACUCCUGUUCAAGGAAGGCGACAGCAACAUGCAGUACGUCACCUCCACGGCGUUCCUCCUCCUGGCGCACGCCAAAUCCCUCGCCGGCGCUGGCGCUAUGGUCUCCUGCGGCGGCGCCGCGGUGCCGGCGUCCGCGCUGGUCGCCGUCGCCAAGCGGCAGGUGGACUACAUCCUGGGCGCCAACCCGGCGGCGAUGUCCUACAUGGUCGGCUUCGGCGCGCGGUACCCGCGGCACGUGCACCACCGCGGCGCGUCCAUGCCGUCGGUGCGUGACCACCCCGCGCGCAUCGCCUGCGACGAGGGGUUCCGGUACCUGCACUCGUCGGACCCCGACGCCAACGUGCUCGUCGGCGCCGUCGUCGGCGGGCCUGACGGCAGUGACGCCUUCACUGACAGCCGCGACAACUUCGCACAGACAGAGCCUUCUACCUACACCAACGCGCCGCUCGUCGGCGCGCUCGCCUUCUUCGCCGCCGGCCGCCACCGCUGAAGGAAAUUGAAGUCAGCACGUGAAGAUGAGAUCGAUUUAUAUGAUUUUAAUAGCGCCUGCUGCAGCACUGCACAUGAACAAGUGCCAUGUGCAUGUAGGUGUUUGGUAUUGUAUACCAGGUGUCUAUGUUACGCGGAUACUAAGGGGAUGACGUAUCCCUAUCCGAUACUCGUUGGAUACGUAGAUAUGGAUACUCGAAUACACCAUUUUAAUGGGAUUUGUUUUUAGAAAGUGCGUAUCCGCGUAUCCGAUACGUAUUGUAUCCGAUACUCGUAUCCGUACUCGUGUAAGGUAGCCUGGUGUGUUGUGUAUGUGUCAAGCGUGUAGUGUACAUGCAUCGGCCUCAAAGAGUGAAAGGUGCGUACUACCUUACUA